AUGGUCCCUUCCUCCUCAACACCGAGUCCCAACCGCUUCGAUCACAUCAUCCGAGAAGAGGUAGCAACAGACCGACUGCACGACUCGCCUGCAUUGGACUCUAAGGGCGCAGCUCUCGACUCUGUGCUUGACCCGAGCUUCGGCGAGGACUAUGAAAAGCGGCAGCAACAGCCCUUUUGGCGAAAAGCGCUCAUGGCCCUGCGGGAACGGCGGAAGAGGAUCGCUCUCACUGAUUCCGCUGUCGGUUACGACGACCUGUUAAGCAAUGAAAUGCGAGAGGGAGCCCACCCCCACAAGGAAAGAAUGCUAUCGUCAUCGCUUUUAAACAUCGCUCGCAAGACUGGCUUUCUUGUCUCCUCCGCGAUUGCCUUUAUCUUAUGCAUCUUUGGCAUCAUCCACGUCGUGAAUAUCCUUAUCAACCUCGGGCCUGUUUUCUACCAAGACGAAGCAUACGAUGUCCGAUCACGUCUGAGUGAGCCUGGUUAUACCGGAUCCGGGCUGUUGGAUUACCCUACCGAUGUCACGCGCGACAUCAAGCCCCUGCCAUGCCACAGCCAUAACGAUUAUUGGCGGCGCGUCCCUCUAUUUGAAGCCAUCAGCUACGGUUGUGUGGGCGUCGAGGCAGAUGUGUGGUUGUUCCCGGAUUCAUCAAAAGAACCAGAGCUCUACGUUGGCCACAACACCGCAGCUCUCACCCCAAAGCGUACCUUUCGUAGUCUCUACGUCGAUCCGAUUACCGAACUCCUAGACCGCACCAACUCUCCCGCUACCCUUUCCGUAUCUCACGAGGCGGCGCCUGUGCGACCAAAUGGCAUCUGGGAUGUCGAUCCCUCUCAGACCCUUGUCCUUCUCGUGGAUUUCAAGAAUGACGGUGAGAGUAUUUGGCCCGUCGUGCAAUAUCACCUCGAACCUCUCCGCUCCCGAGGCUACCUCACUUAUUGGGAUGGCACGAAUACCGUGGAGGGGCCGGUCACCGUUGUGGCGACUGGGAACGCUCCGUUCGAUUUCGUCAUCGCCAACUCAACAUACCGCGACAUUUUCUUUGACGCGCCGCUAGACACGCUCUUCGAAGAGCCUGAACCUAUUCCUAAGCUGGAACCUUCGCAAUUCAAACUCUCUUCUCUGGUUACCCCUUCCUCCAGCCAAGAAAGUGCGCGGCUUCCUUCGAGCCUAAACUCAGAUAGGUUCAACAGCAGCAACUCGUACUACGCGUCCGUGUCAUUCCCUAAAUCGGUAGGCCGCGCCCACUGGCUCAACGGCAAGCCUACUGAGCAUCAACUGCAUUUGGUGCGUGGCCAAAUUCGAGGUGCGAAGAGAAGAGGUCUGAAGCCCCGGUAUUGGGGUACACCAAAUUGGCCAAUAGCCAUACGCAACAGGAUGUGGGAGGUGUUGGUGGAGGAAGGAGUCAGUUUCCUGAAUGUUGACGACUUGCAGGCUGCGGCGGCUUGGGAUUGGGAAAGCAGAAGGCAUAUGACAUGGUUCUGGCUAUGA